AUGAAGAUUUUACAAGAUACUCUGACUGGACCAUAUGAAAGAGCUCUAAAGAGAGGAAGAGAUGAGAUCAGCAAUAUUGUAAGUGGCCUGAGAAUUAGAGAUGAAGGUUCUUUAAUCAGCUGCGCUUCUUGGUUUCAUCGGUUGGCUGAAGAUAAAGAAUUCACCAAAGGACGCAAGAUACCUCAUGUUGCAGUAGCUUGUCUCUAUCUGGCUUGCAAGACAUGUAAAAUGAACUAUCUUCUCAUUGAUUUCUCUAACUACUUGCAGAUAAAUGUGUAUUUAUGUGCUUGGAACUGUGUUUCUGCAACUUUGUCAAACUUUGAAUCUCUUGGAGCACAAAAUUAUCCAGAAUUUAGUGGAUCCAAGUUUUUUUAUCCAUCGAUUUACAGAACUGUCUUAGACUCCUAUGACUGCAUGGAUUACAGUUUGGUUUAUUCUGAAUUUACUCUUCUAGUUUUUAGUGAUCAAACAGGGAGGAUUCCUAGUGGAUUAUGUGGUGCAGCACUAUACAUGUCUGCACUUUCUCAUGGACUUGAUCCCUCCAAAUCAAAUAUUGUUUCUGUUAUAUACGUUUGUGAAGUGACUUUAACUGGACGGCUGAUAGGGUUUGAGGAGAGUUCAGAAUCUGUAGAAAGUUCAGAAUCUCAUAGUUCAACUAUUCUGAACACUCCUCAAACCCUAUCAGCCGUCCAGUUAAAGUCACUUCACAAACGUGUAUAA